UGCGCGACCGAUGAAAUAUAACACGUUCAUAUACUCCACACACAAAAGCCAGCAAAAAUCUAAAUAAUUUAUAAAAUUUUCUUUAUUUUCUUAAGAAAUUGUUUAAAUAUAUUUUUGUACAACGAAAUGAAUUAAUGUGCAAAAAGAAUUGUGAAAAAUAACAAAGAAAUUCAGUGAUUUUUCUGUUCGUAAUACGAAAAGAAAUAUGAAGUGAAAGCAUAAAUGCCAAGAGUGAGAGAGUAAAGUGCCAAAAAGCAAAUGAAAAAAAAUUGCAAUGAGCUUAAAAAUAAAAAGUCAAUAGGAAAAAUCAAAUAAUUAAUUAAUGUUUUCUGUUUAGUAGAGAGUGCAAAAAAAGAAGAAUAGUUAUUAUUUUGUAAAAAAAAUAAAAUGCGGUUAAAUUUACAUUUGACUCAUUGGAGUUUGCUGUUUAUAACAUUAAUUUCGAGUUGCUUCCUGUUUUAUGUUGUUGCCUCUGAGAAUGCAAAAUAUGUAACAACAAAACAUCUGAGAGACGCCUCAGUGGCGUCCAAUGCCCACAUACCUCCUACCCAUCCAUCUACUGCAACGUCAUCAACAACAGCAGCAACAAAUACGCCAACAUUACAAUCUGCCGGUGUAACAAAUGCACCUGCAGCAGGUGAUCAAAGAAACGAUGAUAAAAAUGCUCUAAAUGAGGACAAAAAUGAUAAAAUUCUACCCAAUUAUAAAAAAGUGAAGAAAUUGAUAUCUGAACAACAACCCGCAUCUUUGCAAAAUGAUGAUAUUGCUUCAACAACUGAGCCCUCCCCGCCAGAAGCUCACAUUUUAUCUACGCCAUCUGUAAUGACUAGUGUUGAACAUUCGGAAAUGACUGAUGAAAUAAUCAAGUCUAGUAGUGAUAGUGUAUUUGAUGGUGAUGACGAUGAUAAUAAUAUUAAUAGUAAUAGUGUAGAUAAUAAAAAUGUAUUCAAUACAAUUGAUACAACAGAUUCAGAAAAUGUAAAAGCAAAUAAUGAAAUUCAUUCAUCAAUUGAGGAGCCAACUGAUACAAAUUCACCACAACAAGUGCCUGACGUGGAACAACCAGCUGAACAGGGAAUAAUAAUACAGCAACACGUACAAGAUGACAAUGCUGAUAUGGCAAAUGGUUUGCCUGAUAUCACUGAUAUACCCACAGUUACUGUAACGGAAUUACCAUUGGAAGUUUUGCAACAACCGCAAAAUACUUUGGAUUCGGUUAUAAUUGAUGAUGGUGGUGGCGAUAGAUCUUCCGAAGAAAGAGUCAAUCGUACAAUUGAGGUUAUACCAGAGACAGAAGAGGAAAUUCAAAAAGAUGAACAAAUUGUGAAAAUAAACGAUUCUGGUGGUGGUGUUGAAGGUAGCGCAGAUUCCAUUCAACCUACACCAACGACUGCAUCACCCACAACGGACGACCAAGAAGUAAUCUCAUCAAUGAAUAACAUUCCAACAGACACGAAUAACAUAAACACAACACAAUCAUCAUCAAUAAAUGCUAGUGUAGAACAACAGCAGCAACAACAACAAAAUGCCAGUUCAUCAACCUCCGCUAGUCAAGUGAAUCUCACCGCAGCCGAAGAGGUUCCAAUGCCGGUUUUUUCAGAGUGGGCACAAAAACAAAUGGAGGCAGCAGAAAAACAACAAGCUCUCGAACAGGAGCAAACUGUCAACAAUUCGGCACAACGUAAAAACAAUACAAACGGUAAUGGCAAACCGACAGCUCUCAAAAUAAGAGCGAAAAAUUACGCAUCUCCCGAUUGUGGGGCUAAAAUUAUAGCCUCCAGCGCAUACACAUCCAAUGCUGGGGCUGUUUUGAGUUCAUCGAAAGAUGAGUACAUGUUAAGUUUAUGUGGCAAUCGCAUUUGGUUUGUUGUAGAAUUAUGUGAAGCUAUACAAGCGCAAAAAAUCGAUUUUGCUAAUUUUGAACUUUACUCUUCAUCGCCGCAGAACUUUACAGUGGCUGUUUCGAAGCGCUUCCCCACCAGAGAGUGGUCGAAUGUGGGACGAUUUGAGGCUGAAGACAAACGAACUGUACAGAGUUUCGAUUUGCAUCCCCAUUUAUUUGGUAAAUUUGUGCGUGUCGAUAUAAACUCGCACUAUUCCAAAGAACAUUUUUGUACUUUGUCUUUGUUUCGUGUGUUUGGCACGUCAGAAUUUGAGGCUUUUGAGACUGAGAAUCAUCCAAAUGAUGAUUUAGAUGACUUUGACGAUGAGUAUUUGCUGGAGCAGAACACGGUUAAACAUGCCGAAUCAAAUCUAUUUAAAUCCGCCUCAGAUGCCGUGUUGUCCAUCGUGAAAAAAGCCACUGAAGUGCUGGGGAAACCAGCAAAUAAUCAAAAUCAGACAUUUAAAACACAACCAAAGUCUGUAGUUUGUCGCACUCCCAUCUACGGCUUAUUCAGUUGUGCUGAGUGUCCAACGUCGCUGGUGGAAAAGAUAAAUAAUAUUUUGACGUGUGAAUUCUCCCAACUGAAUUUGUUGUUGAGCAACAAAGGCAUACGAAAUGAUUUGCUAAAUACACAAAUAUGUGCCAAACUCUAUGGUAUUGAAACUAAACAAGUAUUAACGACACAAAAAGACAUUAAGAAGAGUUUUUAUGUCAACAUUUUACCAAACGAAUAUGUGGGGGCAUUAUGUCAACUAUUGGCCAGGCCUAAAACACUUGGCGAAAAACCGAACAAUUCAUAUGUUGAGGAAACAAAUCAACACAAUGAAGCUACAGAAUUGCCCUCAAAUUUAACAAUCGAUAAAAAGUUUGGCAAGGAAGAUCUAAAUCUACUGGAUCAUCCCGAAAAGAAGCUUAUGAAACCAGAAAUCCCCACCCUACCCGUCGAGCCAACCAAACCCUCUACAAAUAAAUCACCUGAAGUUGUGGAAACAUCCACGGACAUCAAUCUGGAUGAUAGUCAACAAUUGCCUAGACCCCUGGAACCUGAAGCACAAUUAGAAGCUACUACGUUACCGCCUAAAAUUAUACAAAAACCUAACUUACCUGAUACUAAUAUAUUUAAUGUACCUGCCGAUGAACCAUCAUCAACAGAGACUGAAGUACCUGUUGCCGAUCCAGACACCCCAGCUUCAGUUGAAAACUUUGAACAAGCCGCCACUACUGCACCAACCACUACAACACCCUCUCCUACGCCUGCAUCCAAUAUAGAUCCAGUUAAUGCACCACUUAAAAGUGAAGAAGAUUCAAAUUCAUGGGAUAACAUAGAUAAUUUAUUGACAACUGUGCCCUCUACUCUCGCCGGCGGUUCUGCCCAAUACAAUCAGCCGAAAAACUCAAAUGGUCCUCAGUCGGAAAGUGUUUUUAUACGUCUUUCAAACCGAAUUAAGGCUCUUGAGCGUAACAUGUCACUGUCUGGCCAAUACCUAGAAGAACUAUCACGUCGCUAUAAAAAACAAGUCGAAGAAUUGCAUCAGACUCUGACACAACAAAUUCAAACGGUACGCACACUGGAGGAAGAAAAUCGACGUCAUCAUGAACUCGAACAAUCAUACGCCGAACGAAAUACACAACUCAAAAAUGAAUUGGAUGACCUGAAAUUACAUGUGCAUGCCUGCAUUGUGGUCAUAAUAUUUGUGGGAGCAUUUGUCUUUUUUGUACUAAUGGUGGGCAUACUUUUUUAUCGUGCUCUAAGCAGAGAAACCAAGGAAGUAUUGUCGAUCUACGACAAGGGUAGCAAGAAGAAAAAUGUGGUGACGGCAAGUGUAACAAGCUCACAAAAGAAAAUAAAUCGAAGAAAAUCCUUUGAAGAUUUUUCGGAACGUGACCAGGAUGCAUCAAAUGUGAGUGGUAGUUAUGUUGUGGACAAGUUUAGAAGGCCUAGUGAAGCGGCCAUGUUAAUUUUAAAAGAGUGUAAAGGAGAUGGCACACUGAUUAAGACUGAGCUGCAGGAAGGAGAGGAGUGUGUCCACAAUAAUCCCACAACAUCAACAACACGACAGCGUAAAUUAUCCGUAUGUUAUGGUAGCAAUAGUAAUAUUAAUCAAUCAAAUAAUCAAAGUGCCGGUCUACCACCCAUACAUCCGCAAAAAUCCCAAAUAAAGCGUAAAGGUGAAAAACACUCAUGGCCCAAUACAGCUCAAGCUCAAUUACAAGCCUGGCAGCACUUGGAAGAACUAAAUGCUGAUGAACACAUAGGAGAUUCUGCAGAAAUUUCAUCAAUGAGGAUGAAGAAGCCUGCCGGCUUAAAUGGUAAAUCGAAAAAGAAAAAGGAAUCACAAAGUUUUAAACGCCAGCAGUCUUCGCCAGCCGAAACUUCUCUGCAACUUAAUAGUUCGACUCCAACGGAAUUAAAAGGGGCCGAAUUCGAUGAACGCCUUAUGUUAGAUGAAGAUGAUUUAGAUAAUUUCAUACCCAAUGCUGACUUAGCCUAUAACGAGUUUAUGCCCGAUGGCCCACGUGGCUAUCAAUGCGUAAAUCCUAAUUCAAAUGCCAACAAUCCUGCCUCGAAAAAAACGUCCGCCAGCAAACAGUUGGUGGAUAGCAACUUGAAAAAAUCACGCCGUCUAUCUUCGCCAGUUUUCUUCAAAUCACCAUUUACAAAAAGUCUUAAAGGUAAAAUAUCCAACAGCAAUAAAUCAAAUCCAGCUCAUGAGUCCACAUCAUGGGAAUGGUAUCGUUUAAAAAAAUCAGCUUCAUCUGCAUCAUCUGGUGGUGGUGGCGGCCAAAUGGCCACUUCCAUUUCUAAUAGCACUAAUAACGCAUUUUUACGUGUCUCACCUAAUGCCAGCUUGGAUUCAUCUUCUCUGUCCGAAAUUAAUUUCCCCACUAAUUCUACCGAAAACUCAUUUCGCAUAUUAGAAGAAGCCAUUUUAUCAUCAGGUGAAAGUGCCAUUACCACAGCCACAACAGCUUCAUCGAACUGUAAGAAAUCGUCUUCGGGUGGCAUUAGCAGUAGUAGCAAUAGUAAUCGUAGUUCAAGUUCAAAUUCAUCGACGCAAUCGAAAAAGAAAAAUCGAAGUUUUAACAAAAUUUUCCGUAAAGUAUUUUAAUUAAGCAAAGGAAAAUGAUAACACGUUAAAACUGAAAAAAAUCCAUUGAGUAAGAGAGAGGCAUAUUAUUGUGUAAAUAUUUGAUAUUAUUAUAUGAAUAUUAAAGGAUUUUUCUAUUGAUUUGAAUCUCUAUUUUAAAUCAGCUUUUGCAAACGUUUUCAUAUACAUGCAUUAUAUACAAUUUUAUUGAAUUGAGAAACAGUUUACACAUUUAAGGCUGUUAGCAAUUGUUAAUAACUACAAAAAUAUAACCCAGUGUAUAGUUAAAUACAUGUUAAAUUUAUUUUUUUUUUUUUAAUUUAUAAUUUUUCAUUCUUUGCAUUUUAUUAAAUUUGUGUUUAUACAACAUUUAGCAAAAAAGAAAAAGAAAACAUUCCUUUCUGAAACAUUUCGUUAAGUUAGUUUAGAUUAACAUAAGUUUAGUUAACAUUUGUCGCCAUUUAUUAAUUAAAAGUUUUAGUUUCUAUUGUAGAUUUUUUUUAUUUUUGAAAAUAAAUGUUUAUUUAUUCGAUGUUGGAUUACAGAGAUUGUUAUUGCUUGUCAAGUA